AUGAGGCAUCGUUGCUUCUUAGUUAUUAUUGUAAUCACCGCAUUCAUGUUUAUUAUAAAAAUUAGAAAUUCUAGUUAUAAUCAUAAAGACAUUGAUAUAUCGAAAAGUAAAGAUACUGAUCUUAAUGGAAUUACCUUUACUAAUAAUGAAGUUACACUGGCAACGGCUCCUCCAUUAACCUUCGAAAGUAAUUUUACCAGUAUAAAGAUUCCUAUGGUGAUUUUCUGUUCAUAUCGGCACGAAUAUAUGUCACGAUUAUUGCGUUCGCUACGAGAUAUUGAUGGUCUACAUCCUAAUAGCACAUGUUUAUUCGCAUGUCAGAAAUCACCAGUCGUCAAAGAUGAAGAUAUCAAAAAAACCAACCAACUUAUUGCAGGUGUAAAAUUUUGCAAGACUAAAACUAUAAUUACACAGAGUAAACGUAGAAAUGCAAAAGAAUAUAAACAACAGUGGUAUAAUGUUGUAAAGCAGACUUUCGAGGACAAAGAUAUUUUUGGUUUGGGAUCUGUAUAUGAGGAAGAUGUUCUCUUUUUAGAGGACGAUAUCGAGCUUUCGAAAGACGCCAUCAAGAUGAUAUGGUACAUGUUACAGAUCAAAAAUUCGCGUUAUAAGACUGUUGCUGUUGGACUUGGGGGAUGGUCAGGAGAAAAUCUUGUAAAUCCUCACCCAGAUACGGUGGUGAUUCGAUAUAUGCUCUUCUUUCCCGGCAUGGCGUACGCAUUCAACGCUUCUGUUUGGAGAGAAAUUAAAACGUCUCGUUUCUUAACAAUCAAAGUCAACGAUUGGUCUGAGGCCCUUGGUUGGCUUUGGGUAGGUCGCUACAAUGUGAUUGUUCCGACUCUUGGACGAAUAUGGCAUAUUGGUGCAAUAGGGCUUGGGCAUACUGGAGAUGGAAAGAAAAGACGUAGGAUUGAGCCAAAUCCUGCAUGGUCAAAAUCUCCUCGUUUAGUAGAUCUAAAUAAGAUCACCUUGAAUACGGGUGAACGAGAUCUUUUCGGUAUGUACUGUAAUCCAAGCGAUUGGACACCAUACAUGUCUGUCAAGUGUAUGUGUCCCAAGACAAGAUCGUUAUAUCCGAAUAGAAAGCAUUUCCAGAUAGUGUGCGUAAAGUUUCCUGGUGUUUAUGAUAAGUGUAUAGGUCGAGAUCCGUAA